AACGGGGUUCCAGGAUUGUGGGGACCUAGGUGGCCUUCUGAAACUGAUGAACUGAUUCGGAUAUUUCCCCAAAUCGUGUAUUUAGAGAAAGCUCAGUUCGUAUUUAAAAAUAGUUCAUUGUGAGAGCUUAAAGACCGUAGUGAUGUCGCCGCGAGGAAACGAAACUGAAGAUGGUGCCAACGACGUACCGACUGCCCCACCAGUUGUUCCUAAUUCUGAGCAGUACAUCAAACACCCUUUGCAAAACAGAUGGGCCUUGUGGUAUUUCAAGAAUGACAAGAGCAAAAGCUGGACAGAAAAUCUGCGUCUGAUUGCUAAAUUUGACACAGUAGAGGAUUUCUGGGCAUUAUACAACCAUAUACAGCAACCAAGCAAACUGGGGUUUGGCUGUGACUAUUGCUUAUUUAAGGACGGCAUCAAACCCAUGUGGGAGGACGACAGGAACAAACUCGGGGGCCGGUGGCUGAUGACCCUGAGCAAACAGCAGCGACACAACGACCUUGACCGUUACUGGAUGGAGACGCUCUUGUGUUUAGUCGGGGAGUCGUUUGACGAGGCCAGCGAUGACGUGUGCGGUGCAGUGGUGAACGUCCGGCCCAAAGGAGACAAAAUAGCCAUCUGGACCGGCAACUGCCAAAACAGGGAAGCAAUCAUGACGAUAGGGCAAAAUUACAAAGAGCGUUUGAGCCUUCCCAUCAAAACUCUCAUCGGCUACCAGUCGCACGACGACACCUCUAGCAAAAGUGGAUCCACAACGAAGAACAUGUAUUCAGUUUGAAGAUGAUUCAUUCAGAUUGUUGUAGGUUUACGAAAUUACCAGUUUGCAUCACAUUUAAUAACUUGAGUUGUCAACUACUGUAGUGUCCUUCCUUUUUUAACAGAACGAGCAAGAGAGGGCGGGGGCAUAAUAGUUAACAUAUAAACCUUUGGCUGUAUCCUUCUGUACUUAGGCUAAUUGAGCAGAUGCUACUUUGCCUAGUGUUUUGAAGGAUUAACCAGUAUUGGAUGUGGGCUUAGAUGUUACUGUUUUCUUUUUUUUCAGUUUGUUUAAACUAAACAAAACCAAUACCACACAUCACAACCGAAAGAAGUUACUGUAUUCAUCUUAAAAACCAGAGACCAUCUUGAGUUAAACCUCUCGUUCUUCUCCCUCUCUUGUGCUUCAUGUUACAAAGUGUUACAAGUGUUGUCACCUCUUUGAGUUUACAAUCAGAAGGCAUAACGGCAGCGUUCCUCUGUCCACCCCACCGGGAAGUUUCGAGGGCCACUCAGUAGUUUUAACACGGAAUCGCUUUUUGGAAGGCGUUUGGCAUGGGCAUAAUUUGCAGAUGCGCCUACAGACUGACUAUACUUAAAUGGUUUGUAAAAGUUAGCCUGAGUUUCUUCUCUCUCCAUGUUUGGUAUUUUUGCCUGGAGAGACCACCUAUUGUUUCAGCCAUGCUGAAAUUCCUUAAAAGAGAAAAAAUGGAAUUGCUUGUAGAAAUGUUUUGAAUUCUUGUGUUUCCCCACCUACACCUAUUUAUGAUAUAUGCAUUGCAGUUGAGCUAUUUAGUGGGAGGAAGACCACAAAAUAAUAAUAAUAAAAAAAUAGAAAAAAACUUUUCUCCUUCAUUUUGUUCCAUUUUGAAAAAAAAGGUAGAAAUGUGGACUAUUGCUUAAUGUAGAAACUUUUUUUUUUCUUUUUUUACAAAAUAUUUUACAGUAACCUUGGUCACCCUUGCUUUUUAGGUGUGCUUUCCACUUGUUUUUUUUCCUUCCUAAUAAUACUGUAGACAUUUUUUUUCACGUUCGCUAUAUUUUGAGGAUAAGUGCGAAUGAAGAGAGGCUACUCAUUGUGAAAUGAUUUUGCUCAUAUUGUAUCUUUUAUCUGUAAUUCCAGGAUGUAUAUUACCUUCUUUCAAGUAAAGAUUAAGUGCUUUGCAUUAA